CCGCGCCUCCACAAUAGCGGUGCCGGGAGCGCUCCGCCCGGCCGCCGUCAGCGCUCCUCCCCCGGGGCCGAGCGAAAGGGGCGUCGCCGCCGUCGCCGCCAUGGCCGGUUGUUGUCAGUCGCUGGCAGCGGGUUAUGGCGACGGCGGUGAAUGAAUUCUCCGGGCGGCAAAGGGAAGAAGAAGGGCUCAGCCGGUUCCAGCUCCGCGCCACCCGCCGCAGGGGCCUCUCCUUCCGCGCCGUCCGGGCCGGCUCCCCCCGCGCCGCCGGCGGGGGCGGCAGCGGCGGCAGCGGCGUCCCCGCACAAGCGGAACCUGUACUACUUCUCGUACCCGCUGUUCGCCGCCUUCGCCCUGCUCCGUUUCGUCGCCUUCCAGCUCGGGCUGCUGGUCGCCUGGCUCUGCGAGCGCCUGUCCCGCGGCGCGCUCAUGGCCUCCAAGAGCAGCAGGGCCGGCGACGCGCCCGAGCCCGGCGGGGCGGCCGAGCGGGUGCGGGCGUGCCACAAGCGGGCAUUCGAGUGCAUCUCUAUGGCGCUGCGCAUCGACGAGGACGAGAGAGCAGGACAAAAGGAACAAGCUGUUGAAUGGUACAAGAAAGGAAUUGAAGAACUGGAAAGAGGAAUAGCUGUGUUAGUUGUUGGUCAAGGUGAUCAGUGUGACCGGGCUCGGCGUCUGCAGUCUAAAAUGAAGACAAAUUUGGCAAUGGCCAAGGAUCGUUUGCAGCUUUUAGAGAAGCUGCAGGCAGAUUUGCAAAUUUCCAAGCCGCAAAUGGAAGUCUAUAAUGACAGUACUAACCUGGCAUGCCGCAAUGGACAUCUCCAGUCAGAAAGUGGAGCAGUUCCAAAAAAGAAGGAUCCCUUAACGCACACAAGUAAUUCUCUUCCACGUUCAAAAACAGUUGCAAAAACAGGAUCUACUGGCCUUUCAGGCCACCAUAGAACACCUAGCUACAGUGGGAUAUCAACUGCUUCUGUGUCUAGACCAGCAGCAAACCCUGCAACUUCAACUCACAAGGCUCCUCCUAAAAAUAGCAGAACAAAUAAGCCUUCUACUCCUACCCCUGCUGCUCGAAAGAAGAAAGACAUGAAAGUAUUUAGAAAUGUGGACAGUAAUCUUGCUAAUCUUAUCCUGAAUGAAAUUGUUGAUAGUGGGCCAGCUGUCAAAUUUGAUGAUAUCGCAGGGCAGGAACUGGCUAAACAAGCUUUGCAAGAAAUUGUUAUCCUUCCUUCUCUUAGACCUGAGUUAUUUACAGGGCUUAGAGCUCCUGCACGUGGAUUGUUGCUCUUUGGCCCACCAGGAAACGGGAAGACAAUGCUGGCCAAAGCAGUUGCUGCAGAAUCAAAUGCUACUUUCUUCAAUAUCAGCGCUGCAAGCCUAACUUCAAAAUACGUGGGCGAGGGUGAGAAAUUGGUGCGUGCUCUAUUUGCAGUAGCCAGAGAACUGCAGCCUUCUAUCAUUUUUAUUGAUGAAGUUGAUAGCCUUUUGUGUGAAAGACGAGAAGGUGAACAUGAUGCGAGUAGGCGUCUGAAAACAGAAUUUUUAAUAGAAUUUGAUGGUGUGCAGUCUUCAGGAGAGGACAGAAUACUUGUGAUGGGAGCAACAAACAGGCCACAGGAGCUUGAUGAUGCUGUUCUCAGACGAUUCAUCAAACGGGUAUAUGUAUCUUUACCAAAUGAGGAGACAAGACUGAUUUUGCUAAAGAAUCUUCUAAGCAAACAAGGAAGUCCGUUGACCCAAAAAGAGUUGGCACAGCUAGCAAGAAUGACAGAUGGAUACUCUGGAAGUGAUUUGACUGCAUUAGCGAAGGAUGCAGCACUGGGUCCAAUCCGAGAAUUAAAACCAGAGCAGGUGAAGAAUAUGUCUGCCAGUGAGAUGAGAAAUAUUAAAUUAUCAGAUUUCACUGAGUCUUUGAAGAAGAUAAAGCGUAGUUUGAGCCCGCAGACACUGGAAGCAUACGUUCGUUGGAACAAGGACUUUGGAGAUACCACGGUGUGAAACGCUACUUCAGAUGGAACAAAGUGCUGCCUGAGGAGCAGGAAUACAGACUACUGAAAAGCAGCCAAAGUUUACAGGACUUGGCAGAUCUUUGAGAAUCUGCACUAAAACUUGAGAAUAUGAAAAAAUUAUACAAUGUGAAAUAAGUUCAUCAAAACCUCCUUGCCGUUUAGUGAGGAUUUACACACUGUAAGUAAGAGCACAAUAGGACUUUGGUUAAGAUUCCUACCAAUCUGAUCAUAGUUUGUGUGUUUUGUUUCAGUUGGAAGGCUCUGAUGAUAUUGAUCAUUGGAAGGCUUUUUCCCUAUGUUGUGUGCAUUACUUUUGUUUUUAAUUCUGCCAUGACAUUCAUGUCUGGCUUCCUUCCUGAUGACUACUAAUAGUUAAGACUGUUUUGUAACCUUCGGUUCCACUUUUGUCUCUUUAUUUUUAUUUUUACCCUUAAUGUGCCAAAUAAAACAAAUUCCCCAUGCAAAGCUGAAGGACAGCACUGGGGGAUUACGUUCAUUACAAUGUAAAGUGCAGCUGGUCUGUUAUUAUUUGUCUUUUUGUUUAGUUGUAUGUGAGUGUGUUGUUCACAGAACAGUUCUAAAAAAGACCUGUGAUAGCAGAACAGCAACAGACAAACCAACAAAAAGCUAUACAACCAGUUCAAACUGUUCUUAAGAAAAUGACUAAAUAAGAAAUAGAUUAAGACGUUCAUUUACUGGCAGUAUUUUCACUUAACGCGAUUUGUAAUGCUUCCAUUGAUAGAAUGUUAGCUUAACGCUUAUGGUGUGCGACUUGAAGACCAGCUGUUUGAGAGAGUAAGUGACGCUAAUUGUCAAGUUUCAGAAACGUGUUUCUACUUUGUAUUUUGGUCCGGCUGCGGUCAUUUGAAAGUGAAAUUUCCAUUGUGUAAUUUUUUUAAACCUACACAUUUAACCUUUAAACAUAAGGCUACGUGUUUAAUACAUUGCGAACAUUAAUGUUUUUAUAGCUUUCAUAUGUUUUUGGUUUGUAUAUUAAAGUAUGAAACACUCAACUGAUCUGCUUUUUUUUGAAAGAAACUGCAUCUUUGUACAAAUACUUGGAUUUUUAUUAUAUAAAUGACAAGCUAUUAAAAAGUGCAAGCCUUUAAAUGCUGUAAUAAAACAUCUCUGCCUUUACUUCUAAAGGCCUGACAUCUUGUUUACAAAUUCUGCAUCAAUCAAACACUGGGAUGUUUGUAAAGCAGAUACCAGUUCCUUGUUAGAACUGCUGUAAAAUUAAGAAAGACAACUCUCCCAGCUUAGUGAUGUUGCAAAGUUGUGUAUUGUUUACAAUUGUUAUAAGUAAAUUCAUUUCCCUCCUUCAUUUCCUUUUGGUUUGAAUGGCAAACUUUGUCCUUUUUCCUUUAAAUUAUUUUAUUGUAAGGAGUAAGUCUUAAAUAUUUCUGGCACUACUCAUUUGAAAAUUGUCUGUAUAUAUUAUAAUUUUAUAUCUGUGAAGACACAUAGCUGAUGCAGUGCAAAGGCAGUGAUACCAAGAGAGGGCUUGGUGUUCGCUGCAUGGUAUUUGUUACGAGAUAGCUGAAGGUGUGUAAAGCUUUUGAGAUGUAUUCAUGCAGUAUGUUUGGGAUUAGUGUGUUUUGUUUGUUUUUUUAACAAGGGACACUUUUAAUUUAAGUUACUUUUAAUUUGAAUAUAUGAAAAGAUUGUGUUACACUAGUAUGCCUUUUGAAACCAUUUCUAACCUUCUAACCAAAUCACUUCUAGCCUUCUAAGCGUAUGACUCUAUCAAAUGUGUGUCUGAUAUAGAUGAAAUGUGAUUUCUGUUCCCCUGAACAACCUUCCCAGAGAAGAAAUGCUGAAAGAUUUUAGUUUGUCUGAUCUCCUGUCUUUCUUGCUUUGCCUCAGUUCUGCCUUCAGCAGACUUAUCUUUCUUUGAGAUUUCUGGCUAGUAUAAUAUGUUUGUCACAGACUUCAUAGUGUUAAACACAGGUAUUACUGUUUAGUUACCAUAUGCCAAAUGGCUAAACAGAUAACAAAUGCCUCUGGUUUUCCUACUGAUAAAGCUUGCAAAUUUUUCCCGGAGAUUAUUUGCAAAUGGGAGCUCUGAGGUAACACUCGUGGCUAUAAGCAUUCCUAAAUACUUGUUAGGAAACUAAUUUCCCUCCAUUAAAUUUUGAAGAAUAUAGAGAUAUUAAUUUCAGGUGUGUAUUGGCAGGUGAUAGGUACAUGGAAUGUAAAGGUAGAACAUCGCACCUCCUAAAACACCACAAGCAAAAGCAGCACAAAGAGUCAGAAGCCUGAGCUGCUACCUCAGAAAGGAAAAGAACAACUGGUUCAGGACUGGAGAAUGUGUGACACAGUAAUGUUUUUGGUACCUAUCCUGCCUUAAUUAUUUUAUGUGUAAUGUCUAAAUUGAUGCUCUGUGGAUGAGUUCUGCAACACAGAGCUUUAUUUUGUUCUGCAAUGUCAGUUUGCCCCAGUGGCUGCUGUAUUUUUUAGUCUGUAACCAAGUGCCAUUUGGUUCAUGAAUUGCCUUUAAAUUACAUUUACACAUUCACACUA